AGAAAAUUUCAUUUUAUUUGUUGUUUCAUAAAAAAAGUUUCAACAUUCUUGGCUCAUAAAAAUAUCCAAAUUCUGGUACGGUACUCUCACGAUAGGCUCCAAUUAGACACUACUCAUAUACCAUGUCGAAACCCUUUUCCAAGAUGCUGCCCACUGAGAGCACAUCUGAGAACUCGCUCGAUAACAGAAGUGAUCCAUCAACACUUGAAGUCGAUGUUAAGGAGGUGGCCUCACUAGGUAUGUGUCUUAAGAGAUGUCCGUCACAGAAAGAUUUGCGUUUGGCGGGAAGAAGUGACGAUUUAGAAGCAGUUGAUGAUGAUGGCAAUGAUAUCCAAGAAACUGUUGUCGCCUUGCCUAACGCAAGUUCUCUCGACACUGAAGGAUGCGAAAAUAAUAAGCGGAGUGCUGUACCACAAUCUAUACAAGUUGAUAUGGGGGAUUCUACUACUGAUUCAGGGGAUGAGUCUGCAGAUGAAGAAUCUGAAAACUUUGUCAAAUAGCGAUUCCAUUAAAGGAAACAAAUGUAAUAACUUCGUCGUCAAUUCCUCAAUCACAGCAGAAUAAUUAAAAAAAUUUGCUUAUUUUUUGACUAAAAAAUAAAUGCUAAUCACAUCAGCCAGGAAGAAAUCAA